AUGGUUGGUGCGCAACCGCUGCGGAGCGGUCUUGCGCAAACCGCACGUUGUGAAAAUGAACAUUCAUCCUUUGGUUCAGAAGGGCUCUCGCAGACCGAAUUGGAUCUCAUCCUCGAGGAACGAAGACCUCUUCUUUUUCCCAGCUGGGGUGGACCUGCAGAACCCCCUCCUCCUGCAAGCGACUCAAUGGGGGGACCUUCCUGGGAUGAAAGCCGGCAGCGAUGGCGCCGAACCUUUGAAGUUCUCGACAAUGGAGAAGUGAGAGUGAGAGAUAAAGGCUAUUCCCGACAGUUGGAGCAUCUCGCAGACGACCCGCAAGAACUUGAUGCGGCUCUAAAACUCAUCGGCCAAUUCGCGCUCGCUGCUGGAAAGCUGUACUGCGACGUGUUCUGCAUUUCCGGUAAAUCCCGUCCACUGACCCCCAAGGAAGUCGAAAUGUCAGGAUUAUGGCUGCAUGGGGGAAAAUUCGUGACUUGUGCACACCUUCUACAAAUACUUCCCAACACGCACGUGGACGAGACGGUGAAGCGUUUGUGCGAUCCAUGUCUGGCGCAAGCACGUGUUUCGACAGCAAACCUUUCACGGGAGAUUGAUGACGAUUUUGGGCCUGCGUACCCUGUUCGCUUGUCGACCUUCUGCAGAGCCUCAGACCUUGCCGUCUUUGUCUUGAACCCUCAAGCCGCUGAAAACAAGCACAUACCUUUUCCUCCCAAACACUCCAUCGACCCUGGCCUGUUACAACCACUAUCUUUCGGGAAUAACAUGUUAUCCAUGGACCACUUCGCCGCAUAUUAUCCGAGGAAGAGAGUGGAGACACGUGACGCGUCAUUGCCUGACCAGCUCAAACGCAAGUCAAAAGCACUAAACAUCAACGAUGCUUGCGAAUUUAUGGGGCACGAAAAUUAUGAUUAUACCUUCAUAUCGGAAACUCGAAGCAUAGCGGUUGGUAGGGUCAUUGCGAAACAGAACGGGAGUUCUCCUGCACUUUGGUACAAAGAUGGCAAGCUCACCGAGAAUUGGGAUUGCGAUAUUCCUGGCUUCUGGGGAUGCAGUGGAGGGAUGGUGUGCAGAAUCGAGAAGAACUCUGGUGUUUGGGGAGCUCGUGUCGUUGGAAUAUUUCAAGGAGAAUCCAGCAACAAUCUCAAAUACAACAGUGUUCUCGGAUUUACCGCUGCCGGUAUCGCAGAACUCCAAAAGCCCCAUUUCGACGAGAACCGGAUCGACCGACAGCUUACUUCUCUCACCCUGUGA